CCAGCCUCGCCGGAGCAGCGCCGCACCGGGAAGCCCGCGAGCCUCGCCGGGGCGGCCGCGGCGGGGAGCCUCGCCCUGCCGGCCUCGCCUGCCCAGCCGGCCUCGCCGCCCCCUCCCUGCCCGCCGCCGGCAUGCCCGCCCGCUCUGUCCGCCGCCGGCGGCCGCUCCUGCCGCUGCUGCUGCUGCUGCUCUGGGCGGCUGGGCUGGAGGCGGCGGCCGAGUCGCGCUCGCGAAGUUGCUCCGAAGUGAAGCGGCUCUAUGUGGCGCGGGGCUUCAGCCAGAGCGAGGCGCCCAGCCACGAGAUCAACGGUGAUCACUUGAAAGUUUGCCCUCAAGGGUACACCUGCUGUUCCCAAGCCAUGGAGGAGAAGUACUGGCAGCAGAGCAGACAAGAUUUCAGCCAUGCUGUUGUCGAGCUGAGCAACAAUUUGCAAGGCACCUUCAGUUCACGAUACAAAAAGUUUGACGAGUUUUUCAGAGAGCUCCUGGACAACGCGGAGAAAUCCUUGAACGACAUGUUUGUACGGACUUACGGCCUCCUGUAUACGCAGAACUCGGAGAUGUUCAAGGACCUCUUUGUGGAGCUGAAGCGAUAUUAUGCGGGCGGGAGGGUCAACCUGGAAGACAUGCUGAAUGACUUUUGGGCCCGUCUCCUGGAGCGCAUGUUCCGCCUGGUCAACCCCCAGUAUCACUUUUCGGACGAGUACCUGGAGUGCGUCAGCAAGUAUACUGAGCAGUUGAAGCCCUUUGGAGACGUCCCACGAAAGCUGAAGCUGCAGGUGACCCGGGCUUUUGUGGCAGCCCGCACCUUUGCCCAGGGCCUGGCCGUGGCCAGGGAUGCGGUGGCCAAAGUCUCUGCGGUCAAUCCCACGCCCCAGGGGGUUCGCGCCCUGACCAAGAUGAUGUACUGCCCGUUUUGCCGAGGCUUCGUGGCCAUCAAGCCCUGUUACAACUACUGCUUCAACGUCAUGCGGGGCUGCCUGGCCAACCAAGGGGAGCUGGACAGCGAGUGGAACAACUUCAUAGAUUCAAUGCUAAUGUUGGCCGAGAGGUUGGAAGGUCCCUUCAACAUUGAGUCUGUCAUGGACCCCAUCGAUGUGAAGAUUUCAGAUGCCAUCAUGAAUAUGCAGGAAAACAGCUUACAGGUGUCCCAAAAGGUCUUUCAAGGGUGUGGGCAACCCAAGAUGCUGGCACAAAGCCGAACAUCCCGCUCCGCUUCAGACAGCAGCUUCAGUGCCCGCUUUAGGCCUUACAACCCGGAGGAACGUCCCACAACAGCUGCAGGAACGAGUUUGGAUCGACUGGUGACCGAUGUGAAGGAGAAACUGAAGCAGGCGAAGAAGUUCUGGUCUUCCCUUCCCAGCAACAUCUGCGGCAAUGAGAAAAUGGCUGCCGGCAACGUCCACGAAGAAGAAUGCUGGAAUGGAAAGAACAAGAGCAGGUACCUCUUCGCUGUGAUGCCGAACGGCUUAGCCAACCAGGCCAACAACCCCGAAGUGGAAGUCGACACUUCGAAGCCGGACCUGGUGAUCCGCCGGCAAAUCAUGUCCCUCCGGGUGAUGAUCAGCAAGCUGAAGAACGCCUACAACGGCAACGAUGUGGACUUCAUAGAUAUCAGUGACGAAAGCAGCGGAGAAGGCAGCGGAAGCGGGUGCGAAUUGCACCAAUGUUCUCCCGAACUGGUGCUGAACACCACCGAAGUCACACAGAACGUCAACAAAAUAGAUAAAAAAAUGACUGAUUCAGCCAGCAGUUUCGGCCCAUCGGAAUCCCUUCUCCUUUUAAGCCUCGUCUUCUUCUUCCUUGUGGGUCAAAGACAAUGGAGAUAACUACGCCUGCUCCUCCUUUUAUUAUUAUUAUUAUUUUUUUAAAACCAUUGGAGGCGGGGAAAAGGAUUUUUUAAAAAAAGUGCCAAGGGACCGGAUUUCACAUUUAUACCAUCUAGAGACUUUUUUUUGGGAAGGGUUCAAAAGGUUCCUUGUAAGUUAAACGGAAAAACCACGUACAGGUGUUUUUUUUUUUUAAAGAAAAAAACUCUUGUUGCCACUGGUUUUAAAUCUUUUUUUCCCUCUGCCCUGUUUUCAGGCUUUGGGUGUAUGAAAUCACAGAACCGUUUGGAUCAGUUAAUCCGAUCUGCUGACUGAGAAACCACAAUAAAUGUGGUAAACCAAGUGUGUAUAUACAGGCCUGUCCUUAGCUCUGGUGUGUGUUGUUGUUUUAAAUCAGGUUCUCUCCCCCCCCCCCCCUUAUCACUCUUUUCCUUUAAUUUUAUUUUAGCUUUUUUUUUUUAAAGAGAACUCAACUGUUCUAGAUUGGUAUGUUUAAAGGAUGAUUUCUUUCCUGAAAUAGGAAAUUUAUCUGUACAGAAGCGGAAGGAAUUUUUCAAGAUUGAUUGUAUUUUAAUAGGCAAAGAGAGGAAGUUGUUUAAAAAACAACACAAAACACACUCUUUUGUCCAGAUCGUACAUGGGCAGGUGCUUCUUUAGAAGGAGGAGGUGUGGAUUUUUGAGAAGAGUUGGUUUAAUAUACUUUUAUUUCCUUUUACAUAGAGUCUAGGUCUCCCUCGUCCCAAAGGAUACGGACAAUCUGGACGUAGAAUUGGAAGGGGUGGGGGUUGCAGGUGUGACCUGAUGGGGGACAAAGUUGAGAUGUCAGCCCCAACAUGUCAAAAAGGUGGGGAUUUGAUUGCAUUGUGGCAGCUGCCAUUUUGACCACGGAUGUUCUGGGGGGUGGGGGUUGGUUUGGCUCAGAAAGAGAAGAGUCUGGGAGCACCUUUGGGCUGGAUUUGAAGGACCAGUUGAACCAGUCAGACACUUUUCUUUUAGUGGUGGGUUCUUCCUGGGCCAUAAAUUUUGGUAGAAUUCCUCCCACGGUCCUUGUUAGUGGAAUGGUGGACCGCCGGGUCCAGGCACAGCAUUGUGUUCAAUUUGGAAACACUCUUUUGGGAUCCGGGAGAGGUUGAAAGAGUGCCUGGAGAGAAAGCAAGGCUACUUCUCAAAGUUACGGUCCACCCGGACCGGUUUCCCAUGGCUGGAAUGGCCCAACAGGCAGCAUGAAAUGGUUCCAAAAGAACAUAAUGUGGGGGCUAUAGGAAGGCCCCAAACCAGUCUAGAUCUUUGUCCCACAUUUGAACAGGGUUGGCAUCCUGCAUCUAGGUUUCCCAAAAUUGUUGCUGGAGAAUGUUUUUUGUUCUUGCAAUUCGGCAUUCUUUUAUCUUUCCUUCACUCCCGUUUUUACCUUCCGUGCACAGCACAAAGUUCCUAAGCCUGAUCUUGUGAAGGGACUUUAGGUCAAUCUGGAAGACCUUUGGUUGGGUUCUAACAAUAAACCGCUCCCCCAGGCAUAAACUUUC